GCGCUUCAGUCAUUGUGGCUUGAGUCGCGCAACACUGACAUUUCAGCACUUUCUUGGAGGACCAGCUACCGCGCCUCAGACUUGCUUUGGAAAACGGUCAUCCUCAAUGCCAUUUUAUCAAGGUGAUUAUUGAACAAAUCCCUGAGAAGCAAUGGAUAAUAUUUUAGAGAACGUAUCUUUUACUGGACAUUCUGUCUUUUACAACUUUACUGACGAUUGGAUACCUGCUGAAAGAGAAACUAUUGAUUUUAUUAUAAGAUGUGUCAUACCGACUGUGUAUAUUCUGAUCAUAACGAUUGGAUUGUUGGGGAACAUUACCUUGGUUAAGAUUUUUAUCACCAACAGUGCAAUGAGGAGCGUUCCCAACAUAUUUAUUUCGAGUUUGGCAGCUGGGGAUCUUUUGCUUUUGGUCACUUGUGUUCCAGUGGAUGCGUUCAGAUACUUCUUUGAGGAGUGGAUCUUCGGUGUUGUGGCUUGCAAACUAAUUCCGGUCAUUCAACUCACUUCAGUCGGAGUCUCGGUGUUCACUCUCACUGCACUAAGCGCGGACAGGUACAAAGCCAUUGUGAAUCCUAUGGACAUCCAGACAUCCAGCGCCGUGUUCUGGACAUGUCUGAAAGCUGUGUCCAUCUGGGUGAUCUCCGUCCUGCUGGCGGUGCCCGAGGCCAUCUUCUCCCAGGUAGUACACAUCCAGGACAAGAAUGUGACCUUCACCGCCUGCGUGCCCUAUCCCCUUUCCAACGACAUGCAUCCCAAGAUCCACUCCAUCCUCAUAUUCCUGGUGUACUUCCUGAUUCCCCUGGGGAUCAUCUCUGUAUACUACUUCCACAUCGCCAGGACUCUAGUCAAGAGUGCUCACGACAUGCCUGGAGAGAUCAGUGAGCACACGAAGAGACAGAUGGAGACGAGAAAACGUCUGGCCAAAAUUGUUCUGGUUUUUGUGGGCCUCUUCGCUCUUUGCUGGUUCCCCAACCAUGUCUUGUACAUGUAUCGCUCCUUCAACUACCGUCAGAUCGACUCCUCUCUGUCGCACCUCAUCAUCACCCUGCUGGCCCGGGUGCUAAGUUUCUCCAGCUCCUGUGUCAACCCGUUUGCCCUCUACCUGCUGAGCGAGAGUUUCCGAAGGCACUUCAACAGCUCACUGCACUGCAAGAGGAAGCCCCACCACGAACGCAACACUAGCUACCUGCAGCAUACCUCAGCCAUAAGAAUGACCUCCAUCAAGAAGACCACCCCUACUGUCAUCAACGGACAUGGCAACAGGCAGGAGGUCACUCUGUAGGUUUAGGAUGUCACCUGAUGACAUGUAAGUGGUGGGAGUGGCACCAAAAAAAAGUUACGUGCAAAGCUUUUACAAGGAGAACUAUUAUGAAAAGGUCAUGCAUGUGUGCUGAACAGAAAAGGCUUUGUUUGAAGCUGUCUUGUCUUUGUCUAUACAUUCCCCACAAUGCCACAUAUCACUACUGAUGAGAUGAUCACCCAUGAACUUGUCAACAAAUCUGUCUUGAGAGAUUCCGGUAUCCACAAUGUUCCUGUUUUGUUGUGUCAAUCUACAUGUUUCACUUUACACAGUUUGCAUAGAUAUAUACUGUCUGCGAAGCAAGCUGUCCAAACUGCAAACCCAAAGAGCAGGUAGUUGCUCCCACGACAGGAAAUCUAUGUCCCUGUGUUUUUAUUUAUUUAUUUCAUCUUUAUUUAACCAGGUAGGCUAGUUGAGAACAAGUUCUCAUUUCGACACAUACAACAACAUGGAGU